AAACUAAGGGCGUGCCUCUUUGCUUCUUAAAGCUAAAAGCCAUUCCGCAUCAAUAUUGUUUGUGAAAAUCAUUUUACUUUCGUCUAGAUUUCUUCGUAUGAUUGCAUCUAGAGUCCCUUCCAUCAACCAUUCACUUCCUCAUUCACAUUAACACUUCAACGGUGUAUCAUUAUUGAAUAAGCUUUAAGCGCAUAGCAUAUCCAGCAAUCUUAACCUUUCCAGGUCAACGUUUCAGGCCAAGAUAUAAUUAAAUUCACACCCUCCCUGCAGCAAUCAGGCAAGCGCGCGCGGCCACCUGCAGAUUCCUAACCCAACAAACAACGGGCGAAGCUAUUCACUAUCCCGUAGCCAAAAGUUAAUCACCAAAUUGCAGCCGGAUCCCGACGCCAACCAAUUUCACCUUACUCUUACAUUUAAAAUGGCGCCCUCUUCCACCCUCAAACCUCCGGCACGUACCAGACCCGGUAUCCGUAGACUUUCAAGUAUGACUACCAACGAAACAGAAGUUAGAUCCGGUGGACCGGUCGUCGUCGUUCCAGAUAGAAUGAUUAGAGAGCCUUUAUCUCGAGGAGCUUCCUACCAAGGAGGAAACUUUGCGGCCUCCUUGGAAAACGCCAGAAAUGAACUCAACUCUAAAAACCUGGAGGAGGAGGAAGAAACUGCCUCAAGUUCCGCGGAUUCGCCAUCAACUCCACUUACCCCUGCCGAUAUUCCUACUGCCGAUUCUUUUGCCUUUGCUUUUGAUAUUGAUGGCGUUCUCAUUCGUGGGGGUAGGCCAAUUCCAGAAGCUAUUGAAGCAAUGAGAAUGUUGAAUGGAGAGAAUGAGUAUGGAAUGAGAGUGUAUGUGGUUCAAGUAGAUUUAAAGAAAACAUUGCUGACAUGUCUCCUAUAGUCCAUACAUUUUCUUGACAAACGGUGGUGGAAAGACUGAAGCGGAACGUUGUAUUGAUCUUUCCAGACAACUUGACAUUGAAGUUUCGCCUUCACAGUUUAUUUGUGGUAUGUAGAUACCAAUCCACUAAAAUUCUUCACUUGAAGAAUGUCAGAUGUUUUACUUGACUUCAUGUUCGAAAUACUAAUUUCUUCAGGUCAUACACCCAUGAGAGAAAUGGUGGAAAAGUACGAAACUGUUCUCGUCAUUGGAGGUGAAGGGGAGAAGUGUAGACAAGUUGCCGAAGGGUAUGGUUUCCGUGAUGUCAUUACCCCAGGUGACAUCAUCAAACAUAACGAACAUACCACGCCUUUCCGCAAACUUACCUCUGAAGAAUUAAAAAACUCUCGUGGCGGCCGUGAUUAUAGCAAGACUAAAAUUGAAGCCAUCUUCGUCUUUGCCGAUAGUCGUGAUUGGGCAUCCGACGUUCAGAUCAUGCUUGAUCUCGCCAUGUCCAAGGGUGGAUACAUUGGUACUCUUUCCGAAACUUUCGAUGAAGGGCCACCUAUCUACUUCUCUCACAGCGAUAUUGUCUGGUCGGCUGCUCACGAAAAUGUUCGUCUCGGUAUGGGUGCUCUGAGGAAGAUGACGGAAAUGCUCUUCAGAGAUCUCACCAAGGGCAAAGAGCUCGAAACCAUUGCUUUUGGAAAGCCUCAAAUUGGAACCUUUGAAUUCGCAACCAGAUUAUUACAACAAUGGCGCAAAGAUGAACAUCGCUGUAAUCGUCCUCCCGAGACUGUUUACUUCGUCGGCGACACCCCGGAAUCUGAUAUCAAAGGCACCAAUCAAUUCAAUGAGAAAGCUAAAAAUGAAUGGUAUUCCAUCCUCGUGCGAACCGGAGUUUUCCAAGAGGGCACCGAGCCGGCAUACAAACCUAGAAUGACCGUGGAUACCGUGCUAGACGCAGUCAAACAUGGAAUCGAGAGAGAAUUCAACAAGAAAAUGAAGGAGAACAACCCAAGAGGAUUACCGCUCAAUACCUUAAGCGGUCUGAGUCUCGAUGGCAAACCAAUUAUUGCUAGACAACCAAAGAUUCUAGAAUUAUCCAGUCAAGUGGUCAGCGAAACUGUAACCCCUGAAGCUACAGAUUGAAGAUUUCCCCCUUGUGUGGCUAUCUCUAAAAUCUAAAUGGACAACUAAAAUAAAUAGUUCAUUACCUGCCCGGUACUUCUCGUUUUAUCUUUCUAUCUUUGAAAGCAUAUAUUGAUUGCGAUUGAUGGAUACAUAGACGAAGAAGUUUUGCAGGGACGGUUCUUUCACAGGUGUUUUUGUUAUAUUGGGUGUGUGAUGGUGAUGGGAUGGUUGGUUGGAUUACUGAAUGAAUUGAUUGGGUAUUGGAUGGAGUUUUGGGCUGUUUUGGGGAAGGGGGGGCGUUCAUCAGAUCCACAGUAUUUUAAAAGGGGUAGGAAAUUUC